AUGAGCGUACGAGUUCUCACUGCUGAGGAGAUAGAGAUAAAGCUCCAAGAGCUUUAUAACUGUCUGUUGACUCUGCCAGAUACCCUGCCGCUUUCCAAUCAAUUCUAUAAUUUCAAAAAUUUCGAUCUUGAAGACAACGAAAAAGAAGAUUACGGUACCGAUGGUGCAGUGAACCGUAGGCUGGAAGUCAUUUUCUGUCCGUCAGGUCGUCAGGAAGGAAUUCAGCUAAAAGAAAGAGGCCCAGGACUUGAAGCUGUUGUAGGAGUGUUGCAGAAUGUUACGGGCGUUGCAGAGGACAAUGUGGAAGCAAACCAUUUUGGGCCGACGAAUAACGUGGCUACUGUGGGAUCUCUAGUAUACGAGUGGAAACUGCCCCAGAGGGUUUCCCACGUGAGGUUAACCACAUGGGGCAGGACUCUUGACUUUUCGCAUCCGGGCCCUGAAUCCCACGGCCCAAUUAGGGAUGACCCUGACUGA